AUGGCGCUCAUUGGUAAUACAUUUGAGCGGGUUUUCAUUGCAUAUGGUUCGUGUAUUGAGGGUUUUUUGAGUGGUGCAAGGGCUAUAUUAUAUGUUGAUGGAACUCAUUUAAGUGGUCCAUAUAAGGGGACACUACUCUCAGCGUCGGGAUAUGAUGCAGAUAAUGACUUGUUGCCUUUUGCAAUAGCAGUGGUGAAAUCAGAGAACCUUGAUGACUGGACUUGGUUUCUGUUCAAAAUUAAAGAAAUUGUUGGUUCGGUGCAGGUGACGAUUGUGUCAGACCGACACAAUGCCAUAAUAGGAGCUGUCCAAGCAAUAUUUGGAGGUGAAAGACAUGCGUAUUGUUAUAGGCAUGUGAAGGAAAACUUCAGCGCUGAACAAGUGAAAGUAAACAGAGGUAAAAGGACAAGCCAAUGGUCAAAAGAAGAUGCAUUAAAGGUUCUUGAUAGAGUAGCUUAUGCAAAGGUUGAUAGUGACUUUGAUAAUGCAAUGGCAGAGCUGAGAACUAUGUCUCCUGAGUUACAUGAUUGGGUUAUCAAUCAAGGUGAUGUGAAUAGGUGGGCAAUGAGCAAGUUUCCAUUUAAAAGAUGGGACAAUAUAACAACCAAUAUAGCUGAGUCUUUCAAUUCUUGGAUGGUGAAGGAGAGAAAGCAUAAUGUGGCGCAAAUGAUCCAUGAGCAUCGGGAGAAAGUAGCAAGGAAGAUGCAUGCAUCAUAUAUGUGUAUGAGUAAGUGGAGGAAUUGUGUUGGGCCAAAAACCGGGCAAAGGUUCUGGAGAAUGUGUAUUUCAGAAUUCCAUGCUGCCAUGCUUGUGCAGCCAUUAAGACUGUGGGGGGAAAUAUAUGAAUAUGUUGAAGAUUGUUACAAAAUUUCAGCACAGGAGAAAAUAUAUGGCAGGAGCAUGGUUCCAGUGACUGCUUACUUGUUAUAUCAGCAAAUAGAGGUUGCUACUGCUUACUUGUUAUAUCAGCAAAUAGAGGUUGCUGUCAAACCACAUGUGCUUUGUGGUUAUUUGACUAGUAUUGCUGUAAACUCCCUUGCUUGA